GCGCGAAUUUGCAGGAAGCGUUAACAGUCCUUUUACCAGUAGAUAAAUUGUCAACAGUCAAGACUCAAGACUGGGAUCUUAGAUCGUUUUAGAGACAGCGCCGAUACUGUCACUGACAGAAAGAGAGGAGAGGUAGAGAAAGACUUCACAUCCUAGAGAUCCCUGUAGUCUAAGCUCCCAUCACUGGGAGGCCCCACCCUCCACCGUCACCAUGGCUACCAGAGGGAGUGGCCGGCCCAAUGGCACGCUGCCCCAGACCAAGAUAUGCCAGUUUAAACUGGUCCUACUGGGAGACAUGGCAGUGGGAAAGUCCAGCCUAGUUCUGCGCUUCGUCAAGGGACAGUUUGAUGAGUUCCAGGAGACCACCAUCGGAGCUGCGUUCCUGGCCCAGUCUGUGUGUCUAGACGACACUACCGUGAAGUUUGAGAUCUGGGACACAGCGGGACAGGAGCGCUACCACAGUCUGGCUCCCAUGUACUACCGCGGGGCACAGGCUGCCAUCGUGGUCUUUGACAUCACCAAGCCGGAGACGUUUGAGCGGGCUAAAGCCUGGGUGAAGGAGCUACAGAGGCAGGCUAGCCCCAACAUUGUCAUUGCUCUGGCAGGCAACAAGGCGGACCUGGCUGAGAAGAGACUAGUGGAGUAUGAGGAGGCCCAGACCUAUUCUGAAGACACUGGACUUCUCUUCAUGGAGACCUCUGCCAAGACUGCCAUGAAUGUCAACGAACUUUUCCUGGCCAUUGCCAAAAAGAUGCCCAAAAUGGACACCCAGAAUCCUACACACGCAGCACGACACAGGGGAGUGAACCUACAGGAUCCUGAAGCCCACAACACCCGAUCCUGCUGAGGAGGAGGAGGAGGAGGGAACUAGGACUGCUUCACCGCCAUCCUGCCAUCCCUGUUCCAAACCUCUGGGGUCGGGCAGGGGGACACCCCCUCCACCCUCCCUCCCAUCCACAGACAGACCACUAUUGAGAGAAAUAGAAAGAGGGGAAGAAAGAAAGAGGGAGUUUGAGUUGGACGGUUGUCUUUUAUGAGUGUUUGCCUCACCAAUCAAGGCCAGAGAGAUUUUGGACAAAGACUGACAGACAUGAGGAGGAAAAAGACUGUGAGAGAGUGAAUACUUUGUAUAGUAUUGAGCGCUAAUCGUGGCUGUUUUGCGUUUUGUCUGUCUCGUUUAAUUUCAAUCAUGGUUCCAUUUGAUUAUGCAAUCGCUGCAGUAUCAGUUCUUGAGUGGCAGAGAGUGAAGAAAGGAGAGAUGGAGCAAGGGAGACUGAAGGAUGAGGGAAUGAAAGAGUGAAUGGGAUGCAGGUCAUACUCCCUCCCUAUAGUCUUCCCAUUUGUGCACCUCACAGAGAGGCAGAGCUGUAUUAAAUGCCCUCUCAUCACCCUCCUCUGGCAUGAGCCCCAGACAACCUGGACAACCUUAACCCAACUCUGGGCCAUUCCAGAUACUCCCCAGUCCCUACAGAUAGAGUAACCCAUGUUAGAUGGCACAGGUUACCCACAAUCCCAAAAGACAGAGGGAGGAUAACCACAGUUUAUUGCCUCUUCUAAUGCCCUUAUUUCCUCUGGUGCCCUUUAUUUAUUUGAAUCCCUAGGCUAUAUUAUUAUAAUUAUUACUCCUUAGACAGCGGUGUUGUGAAACAUCAUGCUGCCAGUGCCAGUCUGGUAUUAUCCAGGCAUCUCCUCCUCAUUUAUCUAUCUUCCAGGCACAGAUGUACACUAAAGAACCCAGAGUCCAGUAUUUAUUUGCUGUUGGGACUGAGUCAUGCUCUAGGCCAUGUCUGUCUGGCUAGACCUUCACUGGAAACCUUCACUGUUUCUAACAAUCAAUCCACUGUCUAGGGCACAAUUGGUGAUAUCCAUGGCCACAGUCUCUCCUGGUCAGUUUACAUCGUCAGCAGAAAUUCCUUGCCCCUCGUAGUGAUAACUUAUAGUUGGUAUUGAUCUCAAACCCUAGCCUGGUCCCAGAUCUGUCUCACUCUGCUCAACAAUGACUAUAGGAGUUUGCAAGAAAGCACAAGCAGAUCUGGGACCAGGCUACUCAAACCCCUCUAGACUUGCAGUCCUGUAGGUAGGAAACCAAUGUAUCUGGUAUCUGGCCUGUCAUGUUGUGGAUGCAAGGGCCAUGAUCUACAUGAUAUGUUCUGCUGUUCCUCAUUUGUCUUGUUUCUUACUACUUAAGAGUUGAUGUCAUUGAAAACAUUGUAAACAAACGCUUUUAACGUGACUAAUGAGCUGAUGCUGUUCAAAGCACUGGAGUGAGACGGCAAGCUUUGGUGACAGAGCUACUCAAUCUGUUGAUGGAUUCUGAAUUGACCCUUAACCCCUAGACAUAUUUAUGUAGAUCUGAACAGAUCAGAAAGGUUAAUGCUUUAUGAUAGUUGCUUAACCUGGCCAAAUAGGUGGAUUAUUUUUUGCCAUAUUGCUUCCACCUCUCCAAGAUCUACAGGAGUGUCUGGUGUAGGGAAGGAUCCAUUUGGGAUGUGUCCGAGGCUUAGCUAAGAAGAAUAAGGCUGCUUACAAGGGGUUUACAAACAAAACAAGAAGUGCCUUCUCCCAUUUUCUUCCUUUGUUCUUUGUUUUGGGUUUGCUUUGGCGUGUUCAAUAGGCAGACAUGUACCUUUUUAUUGAACCUUUAUUUUAUCAGGGGGUCAUACUCAGACCAAGGUCUCUUUUACAGAUGAGCCCAGAAUGACAGAAAAUAUACGCAGCAAAAUGCAAACAGAAAGAAAAACACACUAGAUCGGUUUCCAUCCAAUUGGUGACAGAUUUAUGUGAAUAUGUGCGUAGGCUGGGCUGGUAGAUUAUAUAAUGGGAUUAUUACGGAUGGGAGCAAGAAUAAUUGUUUUUGUUAAACGGCAGUCAAGCGUCGAUCAUGUCACCAGAAUAAGACCCUCGAUAUGUAUUGGAAAGGAGCAUCAAGAUCACUAUGCGCUUUCACCACCCUGUGAAGUUCAUCAUAUAUUAUUUCAUCUGUAGCCUAAUAAACUGCAUGGUUUCCCGAGUCAUAGUGGGAGGACAACACA